CCGUGUUCAUGCAGUAAACAGACACUGUUUCCAGUGAAGGCUAGACCAACUUUCUCACCUCAAGAGUCUCAUAUUAAAGGAUUUAAACGCUAACUUGCAAAGAUGGACUCGGUUCUACUCCACACUUUGCUCCUUUGUGGAUUUGGGAUUGGAGUUGCUUCACGUGGACCAGGUCCACCGGACACAGCUUCAGGUCCAGCUGCCUAUAAAAAGUGCCCUGCCGGUUGGACUCGGUAUCGAGGCGACUGUUACCUUUAUGACGACACUGAACUGACGUGGAUUCAAGCUGAGCUCCACUGCAUUUCCAACCAUGGAAAUUUGGCCACCCUCCAAAACCGACAUCAGUACGCCUUUCUGAGGAGAGUCAUCUUUAAAUCAGCAGGAUCACAUAAAAGAACUUGGGUUGGAGGCCACGAUGGCGUUAAGGAAGGCACUUGGCUUUGGAGCAGAGGUGAAAAGUUUGACUUUACCCCAUGGGGCCCUGGAGAGCCCAACAACUUUGAGGGAAACGAGGACUGCAUGGAGAUAAACGUCCAAGGACGAGAUUACGUCGGUGAUUUUCGCUGCAACCAUGAGAAUUCCUUUAUUUGUGUCAGACGGCGAUAACUGAGUCCAGAUUGUCCUGUUGUCUCAUGACGAUGUGUCACUUCCUGCAGGAUGUCAACACAGCGUGGCCAACCUCAAAUCUUAUAGUUCAUUUUUUUCUUUUAUUGGUGUGAUUUUAAGGUUGAGAUUAGAAUAUUUUUGCCAGAAUGCCGACUCAUCAGCAUCAGGCCACGAUGCUGUUAUCUAUGUUCUGAGUCAGAGUUUCAGUAGAGAACAGUGAACAUAUAGUUAUAUUUUGUAUAAUUUAGCCUCCUGCUGUUUGUGAAAAACAGAUGUUAGUCCAGUUGUUCAGACUUCACAAUGAACCUUUUCAUAAGCUGGGAAACAGAAAAAAGACUUUACCAUGUAGCACUUUCUAAAAAAAAAAUAACCAUUCAUACACGCAUACUGUACAUAUUACCAAAAACAAUGGCAAACAUCGGUUAUGUUACCUGAAAACCUGCCUACGAGGCACAGGGGAUUCCUGACCAAUCUGGCGGCCAAACAUCAGUGAGGUCAGUUUGUUCCAGAGCUGGAGAGAAUAGAAACUAAACGGUACUAAUUGUUUUUGCUCUGAUCCUGGAAGCACAAAGGGAAGAGGUUUCUGAUAACCUGAGGGUUUUUUUUUCCUGAUUUACACCUGACCAGCAGUGAUGAGAUGAGAUAAUUCAAUGUAACUGAGUGUAAAAAAAAUUAAUAAAUAACAAGAAUGCACAUAUAUAAAUGUUAAUCUAUAAAUAAUCUCUAAAUGACUUCAGAUAAAAUUUGAAUUUAUUAUUUUAAUCAAUUUAUCGUGUUUCCUGCUGAUGCAGCACGCACACUGAGUCUAGUGUUGUUGUUGACCCAUUUGUCUUCUGCAUCUUGAAGUCUAAAUGGAAGCAUGUUUAAAAAUAAUAGAGGGUAAAACAAAAUAAAAAUAAAUAUCUGUAUUUUAAAGUUAAUGCUUAUAGCAAUGUCAUAGUUUAAGCAAUAAAGGAAUGAAUGCUGCAAAUCAAUGACUCAGUACAAUCAGCUGGGUUUUGUUAGAUAGAAACUUUUUAAACUACUUUGAAUUAAGUUUACUGUACUGUUUAAUAACUAGGAUCAAUCUGAAUUUAUGUGUGAUUGAACUGAAAUGGCAUAAAUAUACUGAAUUGAACUGAGUUACAUUUAAUGAAGCCAAUGAUGUUCCAAGUUAAAACUUGAAUUGUUUUCACAUGCAAGAAAAUGGUUGUUUAAAUGAAAUAAAGGGUGAUUCAAUGUUUGCUCAA